AUGUCAAAUAAGCUACGCGAAGCAACAAUCCUACGACCAUCAUUGAAGAAGCAACCAGCGCAAGCUCAAACUCGAUCGAAAGAUUCGGAUGUUAAACGACACGUCACCUUCGCAACUCCGAAAUUACCACCUUCCAAAUGCAAUCUGCCAAAACAACAACCAACUUCUGAUCAGUGUGUUUCAAAGUUUCGAAAGCAAAAAUCUGUUGUCGAUGCGCAUAGAAAACGCAUUCCUUCGGUACAGCUUAUAGAGCUUCGUGCGAAGAAAAACAAACAUAAUGAACAAAUCGUACGCCUAUGCGAGGCGCAGGAAACACUUGUUAGAUCAGACUAUGUUAUCAGGCGUAUGGCAAAGGAGGCAAAAGAGCAGGAGGCAGUCGCUACAACACUGCUGCAGGAUGCAGUAUCGCUAAUUGAAAUUGAUGUACUGCGAAGUUUCGAAAAGCAAAGAAUCGGGGAUUUGUUAAGCAGUGUUGAACAGCAACAACUUGAAGCUGCACAGAAAUUACAUGAAGAACUUGCUGAAUUCGACGAAAGAAUAACUGGUAUCGGAAAAGCGUUGGCAGCCAUCGAAAAAUAUAACGAAAUGCUCGAUGUACAGUUUACAUCUACAGAAAGCGAGAGAGAAUUGUCAGUGGUUGAAGAAAUGAAGUUGUUGGGUGAUGAUAUUAACCUCUAUCUCAGUGUUCUCGAUUCCUUAAAACAAUUUCACUUAUAA